UGCAGGCCUGAAAGUUGUGUUUUUUUUUUAAAUGUGACAGGUGCUAGGCGGUAGACUGCAUUAGUUGUCUUUGUUUCGUGCACCCUUAUCUCCAUUUUUCCACAAAAACAAAAUCUGGAGAGACAAACCGAUCAAACUCUACCUGUUCUGAGUUACAUGUGUCUUAGCACAGGAGUAGUGUAGCUUACUGAUCUUUUGAAGAACUGAAAAAGAAGAACAGGAGAAGAGUGAAAACUGUGAACAGAAGAUAAACAACAGAUUAGAUAAACAACAGAUUAGAGGAGGAGGAGAUGGUGGAGACUAAGGGAAAUAUAUUUGUUGUGAUUGGGGGGUUGGGAUUUGUGGGUUCUGCACUCUGCUCAGAGCUUAUAAGAAGAGGAGCUACUGAUGUUCGAAUCUUUGAUUUUCUUGCUUCACCAAGGAGUACUGGCUCAUCGGAAAGUGACUGUUAUGUUGACCUUAAGAGGAUUGGAGUUAAGUUCAUCCAAGGAGAUGUAAGACGGAAAACAGAUGUUGAGAGAGCUUUACGAGAUGGGGCAGAUUGUGUUUUUCAUCUGGCAUCUUAUGGCGCACCUGGAAAAGAAAUGCUCCAAGUUGAGCGAGUUGAAGAGGUGAAUAUAAAUGGAACCUGCCAUGUAGUCAAUGCUUGCCUAGAGUAUGGCAUCAAGAGACUCGUUUAUAUGAGCACUAACAAUGUAGUCUUUGGAGGAAAGGAGAUGGUGAAUGGGAAUGAAGAAAAGUCGACUUAUUUACGCAUGGAUGACUACCAUUAUGAUCCCUAUGGACGGAGUAAAUCUGCUGCUGAGCAGUUGGUUCUCAAGAGCAAUGGUCUCCUAUCUCAGAACGGGAGUACCCGCCUCUAUACAUGUGCAAUACGUCCAGGAAUUACCUAUGGGCCAGGCGAACAAGGCUGCGGCCUGCUUCCUAGGAUAGUAUCUCUAUCCAAGUUGGGUUUGUUGAGAUGCAAAAUUGAUAAAGCACCAAACAGUCAUGAAGCCAUGACAGAUUGGGUUUAUUUGGAUAACCUUGUGCAUGCCUUAAUUUUAGGAAGCAUGGGACUGGUAAAAAACUUGGGUGGUGGUGGUGGUGGUGGGAGAGAAGAUCAUGAUUACAAUGACCCAGUUGCUGCUGGGAAGACGUACUUUAUAUCUGAUGGAUGUCCUGUCUACACUUUUGAAUUUACUCGUCCAUUGCUGAGAAGUCUGGAUCAUGACUUGCCUAAGUACACAUUAGAUCUUUCCUAUGCAUUACUGUUUGGAAGAAUAUUUUGGGCUCUUUACAGAACACUCUUAUAUCCAUGGCUGGACCACUCCUGGCUCCCGCACCCGCUUAUCCUCCCCGCCGACGCGUAUAAGGUUGGUGUCGCCCACUAUUUUUCGAUCCAAAAAGCCAAGGAGGAACUCGGAUAUGUUCCGCAGGCAACCCCACAAGAAGGCAUGUCUAAGACCAUCUCGUACUGGCAAGAAAGAAAAAACAAGGAGCUGGAUGGACCCACAAUAUAUCCAUGGAUUUUCUGUCUGAUUGGCAUCCCUUGGUUGUUUGCUGCUGCUUUCUUACCAAGUGUUGGUCCUGUAAAGCCCUUCAAAACCAUCAGCCUCUUCUUUUACAGAUCAUUGCGAAAUGCACAAAUCGGAUUCGUCAUAGUUACACUGGUGCAUGUUGGCGAGGCUAUGUACGCUUGGUAUUUAGCAAAAAAGGUGGAUCCUUCAAAUGCUAAUGGAUGGUUUUGGCAAACUUUGAUUCUCGCUACAUUUUCGUUGCGCUUCUUACUGAGGAGAGCCAGAAACAAGAAGAUCACCAAGUAAAUGAGUGAUAUAUUAUCAAAUUGUGUGUUUUUUUAGUUACUGUACAUUACUUAAGUUUUGUAGAUAUCAGCACAUUUUUCUUGCUUUUGCUCUUU